CCAUGAGAUUUUAUCCAACAAUGCAGCGUCCCAAGGCUUGAAAUGGAGAAUACUCCCUGCGCACCGAGGCCCCGCAUCCACGUUGAGAUGAGCAGAAGUGAAAUCUUAGCCGGGGAUCACAUUUACACUUCGCGGGGCUCCUACGACCACCACGGUAUUUAUAUUGGGGAGAAUCGAGUAAUACAUUUUCAAAAUUCCGUAGAAGGCACGAUUCUUGCAAGUUCCAGUCCUCCAGUGGGGCCGUGCCCUAAUUGCAGGUACCGCAGCGAAACGAGUGGAGUCGUAGUGAGUUGCUUAGAUUGCUUUCUAUUGGGCGGAAAGAUUUAUAGAUAUGAAUAUGGAAGAGGAAUCACUUCUACUCUAACAAAACAGCCAUGGUGCGCGUCUGCCGCUUCUGAUGUCCCGGAAAAUGUAAUAUGUCGUUCAAAGGAGCUGCUUAAAUAUGGGUUUGGAGAGUACGAUGUGGUUAGGAACAAUUGUGAGCACUUUGCUCUCUUGUGUAAGACCGGGGAGGGUCGUAUAAGUGGGCAAGUCGUCACUUUGUCGUCUGUUGCAUCGGUAGUUGUCGGGGGCCUAGUGGCGGUGCCCAUCCUGUUAUAUAGGUAUAAUAAGAAACGAUGGGCGCGCAAAUUGGCAAAAGCCACUUGAACCAUCGGUGAGGAAACUAUUAAAACAGGAGGAGAAGCUACAAUUACUUAGUACUAUAAUGAUAUAGUUUCUUACUAGUCCCUGCCUAUUCAGGCGGAGAGUAAUGUUCUCUUUGUAUUUCUAUCAACUAGCAAUUACACUUUGGUGUGUAAUGGGUACAUCGAAGAUGUGUGGAAGGUCAAUUAGGGAAAAAGUUGGUGUAUUUUGCAUACAUUUGUUUA